GUAGAGCUAUGCGGUGGAGCAGCAUCGCUUCUGCGGAUGUAGCAGAAACUUUUUACGGCUUGUCCCGAGGGAUGCGACCAGGAACCAACACUGGAGGGGAAACGUUAGGAGCCAGCAGUGAUCGACGGAGGGAGUAGAAUAAAAUGUGGAUGAACUGACAUUUACGCCGCUAUCUGGACCGGUUAAUUACUGAACCUGAAGUCAGAGCAAUCUUCGCUUCUUUGAAAAAUGGCCGUUCGUGGCAACUCGCUGAUGCCUUUCUCAAUCCAAGCUAUCCUGAACAAAAAAGACGACAGUCGACACUUGCCAGAUUUGGACAUGUGCUUCUCAAAGACUGCGUGCUGGAAAAUAUUUGGGGAGAUGAACGGCGGGUCGAGGAGAAGUGAUAGUGAAGCUUGUGAGCCGACCGACCAGAAGAGCUACGACUCGGACUCGGGACUCAGUGAGGACAACGACAGCAAGACUCCAGCCGCAUGUAAGUCGGAGAAGGACGGAGACCCCGCGUCGGACGUGCCGGAGGAAAGCCUGCAGGAGGAGACGGACCACGAGUCUGCAGCUGCGGAAAACUCCAAGAGUGACACCGAGCCUGGUAAUGGUACGGAUUCCAGCAACCUGGACGAGAAGAGUCUGGAUCAACCCAAACAGCGGAAAAAGCGCUCCAGAGCUGCCUUCUCUCAUGCGCAGGUCUUCGAGCUGGAGCGCCGUUUCAACCACCAGCGGUACCUUUCCGGGCCGGAACGGGCGGACCUGGCGGCUUCCCUGAAGCUCACAGAGACUCAGGUCAAGAUUUGGUUCCAGAACCGUCGGUACAAGACGAAACGUCGCCAGAUGGCCGCCGAUCUGAUGGCCUCAACCCCAGCAGCCAAGAAAGUGGCGGUGAAAGUUUUGGUGCGGGACGACCAGAGACAGUACAGCCCGGGAGAGAUCCUGCGGCCCCCGCUGCUCUCCCUGCAGCCGUCCUACUAUUACCCCUACGCCUACUGCCUCCCUGCAUGGACGCUCUCUGCGUGCGCGGGGAACCAGUGAGAACUUGGUGACUGUAUUUAUUCGUUUUUAUUAUUUUUGCUCCCAGGAAACCCAAAUAACUUGACUUCUGACAAGAGGAGAAGGCCUGAGGGGACUGCUCAAAGUCUCUCAUUGAAUUUCCUCACCAUGUUGUUCAGGCAAGACAGCAAAAAACAUUUGAUGGCUUUACACAUCCUGCAAUACUUUAAAACGACUCUUUCAUGUAUUUAGUAAGUCCCCCCAACUCUUCCUCCAGGGACCCGUUAAAGAAGACAUUUCUCAUGAUUUAGACACUAAAAUCAUAAGCAGAGAGACAGGACCUCCUAAAAAUGUCACUAUGUUAUCCUCUGAGGAGUGACACAGCAAUAAUAUUGAACUAUUUGUCUCUUUGCUUGGACUCCCUCAAGGACCUCUGAAGCUCCCGGAACCUGCUGUGGAAACCGGAGGCCUUAACAGACUAAAAAUGUCACCUUAUGUUGAUUUAUAUUUUACAUGCGUCUUCCUACCUCUGCAGUGAUUUGGAAAUAGGCAUAUUCCAUUAACUUCUCAAACAGCUGUCUCUGUUGCAGGUUGUGUUUUUUUUUUUCUCUUGCUGUGUUUGUAAAGGUAAGAUAAUUCAGCACUUUUGAGCAUAUACAUUACUUUAUUUGCAUUUACAUGCAUUAUAGUGUGGUUCGCUGUUAGACUGAAAAGAGGCGGUUUAUUGAGUUACUGGCCUGAUGGCAGGAAGCGGGCUAAAACAAGCCGACCUCUUAUUAAAAUGUACAUGUUUUAUUUGUGUUAAAUGACUGUUUAGAUCGAAAAACAUUAAAACAUAUCAGGCAUUACUUUCA